AAUCUUGUUUGUACAUUGUCACGACCUAUUAGAUAGGUUGUGAGAAAACAGAAGAUGGCCGAACCGUCGUCAAAGAGGCAGAAGACAGGCUCUAAGCCCAAGUCUCAGCCUCCGUCCGCCUCGACCGGCCCUCAGAUUUCCGACCCUCGAUUCGCGAAUAUCCAAUCUGACCCGCGAUACCGACUACCAGGGAAAAAAGACAAGGUCAAGCUUGACAAGAGAUUCAGUCGGGCUCUCCAAGAUGAGGAUUUCACCAGGCGAGCCAAAGUCGACCGCUACGGUCGCCCCAUUGCGUCGGACGCGGAGAAGAAGAGACUAAAGCGCAAAUACGAGUUUGAGGAAGAUGAAGAGGACGAAAAAGAGAAAGAAGGGUCCGAGUCAUCGAGCGAUGAGCCUGAUGAUGACGACGAGGUUCAACAAGAGCUUGCCCGAGUGAACAAAGUCCACGAUCCACUGCGAGAAGGCAAAGACAUCGAAUCGUCCUCCGAUGAAACCUCUUCAAGCGACGAAGAUUCCGACUCAGAGUCCGAUGAUGAUGAGGAAGAAGAAGAAGAAGAAGACAUAGACGAAGAAGUCGGCGUGGGACCGUCCCAGCAGGCUGAUGUGCCCACUGGCGAGGUGACUUCUCGCAUCGCAAUUGUGAAUUUGGACUGGGACAACAUCCGGGCGGCGGAUCUAUUCGCCGUGUUUAGCAGUUUUCUGCCCCCCAAUGGCUCGCUGCUGAAAGUGGCCAUCUAUCCCAGCGAGUUCGGCAAGGAGCGACUGGAGCGGGAAGAGCUGGAAGGCCCGCCCAAAGAGAUCUUUGCCAAUAGCCCCAAGGAAGAUGUGGACGGAGAAGAGGAAGAAGACGGCGAAGAGGCUAUCAAAAAAUCCAUCCUCAAGCCUGAUGACGGGGCCGACUUUGAUUCAAAGGCCCUACGUCGUUACCAACUCGAACGCCUGCGCUACUUUUAUUGUAUUCUAACCUUCUCGUCGCCCGAGGUGGCCAAACACAUCUACGACUCGGUCGACGGAACCGAGUACCAACGGACCGCCAACUUCUUCGACCUCCGCUUUGUGCCCGACGACACAGAUUUCUCCGGCGACGUGCCUCGCGAGGAAUGUGACAAGAUUCCCGACGACUACCGACCCAACGACUUUGUCACCGAUGCCCUCCAGCACAGUAAAGUCAAAUUGACUUGGGACGCCGAAGACCGCAGUCGAAAGGAGGCAGUAGCGCGGGCCUUUAAGGGCAGCAGGAAGGAGAUUGACGAGAAUGACCUAAAGGCAUACCUUGGUUCUGACAGCUCCGAGGACGAGGAUGAAGACGCUGACGGUGCAAGUUCCAAGAAAGAGGCUGAAAGGCAGCGGAUGCGCGCUCUCCUUGGACUGGCGCCCGAGCCGACGAAAAAGUCCAAGAAGGAGAAAGCGCCUGUGGGAGAUAUGCUGGUCACGUUUACAUCCGGUCUGGCACCGACCAAGGAGGAUGGGAAGAAGCGGUCCGUCUUUGAGAAUUCGCCCGAGCCCGAAGAGACAACUGUCGAAAGAUACAUCCGUAAAGAACGCGAGAGGAAGCAGAAGCGCAAGGAGAAGCGCAAGGCUGCCAGAGAAGGAGGACAUGACAUUGCCGACUCGGAAGCUGACAGCGAUCAUAGCGAUGGCGGCGUGCCUACUGGAGCCGGCAACAAAACUACUAGUACUGUUGACAACAAUAAGACUGCAGAUGCAGAUGCAGACCUCGGUUUCGAUGAUCCAUUCUUCGCCGACGAACCGUCCGCAAAGACAGAAAAGGCCGCAAGCAACAAGAUACGCAAGGAGGAGCGGAUGAAGAAGAAGCGUGAGCGCGAAGCCGAAGAAGAAGCCGAACGCAAACAGCGCGCCGAGCUGGAAUUACUCAUGGCCGACGACAAUAUUGUUGAGGAUGGGGCGCCCAAACUCCGACACUUUGACAUGAAGGAGAUUGAAAAGGCCGAGAAGCUGGCGCGGAAAAAGAACAAGAAGAAGAACAAGACCAAAGAUAAGAAGGUAGCCGAUGAGGAAGCUGACGCGAAUGCGGCCGCGGACGACGGAUUUAAAGUCGACGCCGCCGACCCGCGUUUCGCAAGACUCUUCACCAGCCAUGAGUAUGCUAUUGAUCCGACAAAUCCCAAGUUCAAGGGUACAAAGGCCAUGAAAGCCUUGCUUGAAGAAGGGCGCAAGAGGAAACAAAAGCAACUUGUCGGUGACGCUCCUGGUCGCCAGCAAAAUGCGAAUGUCAAAGACAAGGGCAAAGAUCGGAAAGAGAAGAACCCUGGAGCAGAUGGUGGAGCAGAAGAUCUCAAGAGUCUGGUCCAGAAGCUCAAGCAGAAACAGAAACAGAAGUAGAAAGAGAACCAUUAGCAGCAGCACAGCAAUCCUGGUUGGUCCUGUACCAUCACUGCUGGUACCUGAGAUGGUGAGGUUGAUCAGG